GCAAACAGGACACGUAGGCUUUCAUCUUAACUAACCCACUAAUCUAGCAGAGACAAGGCAGGAAGUCCUGUCUAACCUCUCGACGUUCUGAAGUACCUUCAUCUAUGUUAACGUCUGACCUAGCAGGCUAAUGUAACACACAAUAAAAAAUUGAAACACACUUUUCACCCAAUAAGAUGGGUAAACAUUAAUUAACAGAGAUGCUAAGAAUCCUCGAGUUUAUAUAUUCUGUUGUUUCAGAGUGAAGUGAUGACGUCAGACACGUUUCCAUUUUAGAAAAGCGUCACAUCCUCUUGCCCCACUUUGAGAGAUAAAAAUCUGUGGUCUGUGUAGCCCAGAAUGUUCAGAGGAUAGUUUAGGUGACCUCUCUGCAUUUCAGUAAACCGAACCCUCCCAGGGCAGCAGAUGAUCAGAUGGAUGCUCUGAGAAUCAGCCUUCUACUGCUUCUGCCGUGUUUUUCCUGCUUUUUGGAUGGCGAAGUGACUCUUGUGAAAACAAUCGGGAAAGAACCAUAUUUCACUUCAAUCUGCACCAACGAAACAUCAAAUAUCAUUGUUCUGAUAGUGUGCAACAUCAGAACAGAGAGGAGCAGCGGAGAGGAGUGCAGACUGCUGUAUAAGGAUGAAGGCGAAUUUAUUAAUGAGUGUGACUCCAGGUUUACUCUUACAACAAGGAACCAAACUGUGUUUCUGCACCUGACCAGUUUAACACCAGCUGAUAGUGGGAACUACUCCUGUGAUUGUUCAAAAGCUGAAGGAAUGAAUAUUCUCCAUCUUAGUGUCACAGUCAACAUCACAGAGUCUUUUCCAGAUGACAAUCCAGCAGAUGAAUUUUGGAGCCAUUCUGCAGGAGUGAUCCUUCCUUCUGCUUUGACUGCUGCAGUUCUCUUCAUUAUCAUAGUUUCAGUAAUUGUGGGAUUUAUCUGCAGAAGACAUCCGGAUCGUGCCCGUUUAGGACCCGAAACGUCUGGAUCAUCUGUAAAUGGAUCUGCUGCCACUGUAGAUGAAGAUGACUCGCAUGAACUGCACAAAAGUUAUCAGCAGCCGACAAGCAAUCUCUACCAAAAUGUUCACCAGAAACAUGAAACUGAAAUAAACAAAGUUUAUGUUAACCUGGAAAAUCUGCAAGUUAACAGGAAUUAUGAAAUCUAUGAAAACAUUUAAAUAAAGAACCCAUCUUUUGAA